UGGCCAAUUCCGUCUACGUGGUUAACUGUUACUGGUGGUGUAUUCACUGUAUUGCAUGUAGGCAUGAGGGAUCUAGAGCAGGCAGUCGACCGCUGCACGGCUGCGAAACGCCUUCCUUGUGCAUGCGGACAUUUCCUGCAGUAGACUCUAGCGGUGUGUAUGCAAAGAAGCCUGCACACGCCGUGGAGUAACAUACCAAUGGACGGCAGCAUUCCAUCCUGUGCGGUUACGAUAUCGCGCUGGUGUUGACUCGAAGCAACAAGUUGAGACUUAAGAGCUUAAGUUUUCCAAACAUCUAAAUUCAGUUCUGUUGUUGUUUUGAAUUUCUAGAGCUGUUGAAAACACUAUGCAUAAGAUAGUGACAUUGCUGUUGAGUUCGUAGUGGCCGGCGCACGUUGUUGGUGGAAAUAAAAUAAUGAAAAAAAGUGCGACCUUGGUGGAUAGGACAUUGACAUUACACGCAGGAGCCAUCGAUCGCGUUGGCUGUUUUGUUGAUGACGGACGUUAGCGAGCGCUGGCUAAUUUUCUCAGUUUAUUCUGUAUACCGGGUAACGUGAUAGCACCCGACGGAACUCCCUCCGACUAUCGGUCAAACUGCUCCUUUCUCAUCCGCCUCGUUGCGAUUGUGGCCAUUGGACACAUUAUUUACUGUGUUAUUCAAGCUGGCUGUUUCUCAUGAGGAUCGGUGAUACAUGCACUGGCCGCGGCAGAAAGUUUUUUUUAUGGACUUGUUUCUGAUCUGCUGAUUAUAGCAACAAUAUUUUACCGCUUAUGUGCCAGAUGUGGCAUGCGUUUAAUUUGUAACAAAGAAAUUUAGGCAGCUUUCAUGUUCGAGAAGGCUGCAGGUACAAGCACGCCAGCAAGACAAGAGCAGCACGCUUGUACAUAUACGGAAUACAGAUGGUGCGCUCGGGAUUUAUUCUUCGAACUUUCACUACGCUGGGAUUAAUAUGGAUCGUGGGUCUAAUUGUUUUUGUGGUCAAACCCCGUGGACAUUUAGAUGACCCUGUCGUUAGCGUCGCCGUUAAUGAACAGGGAGAAGAUGUCCUCGCUAGAGAGCGGAGAAACCGACAAGCCAGUGUGCUACAGGAGCGGAAGUCCAAUCCGCAUUUUAACGACGAUGCCAGUGGUCUGGCCGGCAUAAGGGAAAAAACAAAUAGCAACGGAAGCCAAAAGAAGUCGUUGCACGGCGCUGUACCAUGGCAGGAAUUCGACGUGGCUGCUUAUCUCGCCAAAACAGCAGUAAAAGUUGGAGAAGAUGGAUACAUAAAAAAUAAGUUUAACCAAAUCGAAAGUGACAAAGUUUCGAUGGAGCGUUCAGUUCCCGAUACACGGCAGCCACAGUGUCGUUCAGUGGAGUGGUCCAGCAAGAAUUUACCGGCGACUAGUGUGGUAAUUACCUUUCACAACGAGGCCCGGUCAACACUGUUGCGCACAGUUAUCAGUGUACUCCGAAAAUCCCCGGCAGCGCUAAUAACGGAGAUAAUUUUAGUGGAUGAUUUCAGUGAUGACCCGAGUGAUGGCGAAGAGAUUGCUGUGAUUGAGAAGGUCUUACUGAUCCGCAACGACCGCCGUGAAGGCCUAAUGCGAUCGCGGGUCAUUGGAGCUGAUGUGGCGCAGGCACCCAUUUUGACUUUUCUGGAUAGCCACUGCGAAUGUAACGAAAACUGGCUUGAGCCAUUGUUGGAUAGAAUUGCACAGAACCGUACAGCGGUGGUCAGUCCAAUAAUCGAUGUCAUCUCCAUGGAUGACUUCCGGUACAUCAGCGCAUCUUCCGAGCUGCGUGGCGGUUUUGAUUGGAAUCUGGUAUUUAAAUGGGAAUAUCUGACAGCCGCGGAGAAAGAAAAACGAAACGGUGAUCCAAUUGCACCUAUCAGAACACCAAUGAUAGCAGGCGGCCUUUUUUCUAUUGAAAAAAGCUGGUUUGAAACUCUGGGGAAGUACGACAUGGCUAUGGAUAUCUGGGGAGGAGAAAAUUUAGAAAUUUCGUUUCGAGUAUGGCAGUGUGGAGGAUCUUUGGAAAUAAUUCCAUGUAGUCGUGUCGGGCAUGUCUUUCGAAAACAGCAUCCCUAUUCGUUUCCCGGUGGAAGUGGAACGGUUUUUGCGCGAAAUACGCGCCGAGCGGCGGAAGUGUGGAUGGACAGCUACAAGAAUUAUUAUUAUAACGCUGUACCGAUGGCAAGGGCCGUCUCAUUCGGCAACAUAAAAGACCGGGUCGAACUGCGCGAGCGACUACACUGCAAGCCGUUUAAAUGGUACAUGGAGGAAGUCUACCCUGAGCUCAAAAUACCUGCCAGUUCGGAUUUCACAAUUGGUGUAAUCCAGCAAGGCCGUAUGUGUGUGGACUCCAUGGGUCACACGAUUGGCGGAAGCGUGGGAAUUUAUCCUUGCCACGCAGCCGGUGGCAAUCAGGAUUGGGUUUUAACCAAGGAGAAAUUGCUAAAGCACGGUGACCAGUGUUUGAUGGCUAAGGAAUCAAUCGCCGGCAGCCCGGUUCAACUGACCACUUGCCAGAACGUGGAUGCCCAACGUUUUGAGCAUAUCCAGGAUCAGCUGCGCCUAGUGAAGCACGAACUGUGCCUGGACAGUCAGCAGGAGCACAUGCGCGGAUUGACUCUUGAGAACUGUGAUAAUGAAGUACCUUCUCAAAGGUGGCUAAUCAGCGAUUCGCCCAAACUUAAGUCGAAAAUACACGAUGACAAUUUAUAGUUAACUUCUGGUGGUGCGAAGUCUUCAUGGAGUUUUACAACGUAUUAUUUGGAUCAGAAUUUUUAUAGUUUGUUUUGAUUUUUUAUGUUUUCUCAAUUUUGACUUUUUAUUCACUCUGUAAAUGUCGCGCUGUAAAUGAGUUGCAGUGACUGUUAAAUCAGGACGAACGCGAA